AUGGUACUAUCUACCAGAUCAGGACACGACCAUAGUGCCAACCCUCCCCCAAACCAAAGAGGCCGAGGAAGAGGUCGAGGAAGAGCUCGCGGUAGUUAUCAACAAAGCGCCAAAAGUACAGCGUUCACAGGGGAGAAGGUACAACCAAAAGACCAACUGACCUUGAUCAACAUGCCAAUGCAGGUCCCCAGGAAUGCGAAGUCGACCGAAACCAACAGAGAGGUACCCUGGAAAGAGAAGAAGGGUUUGACAGCUUGGAAAAACAAACAACAAAAGAAAAGAAGAAGCUGGAGGAAGCUAACUCAGCUAACUCAAGCCAUGCUGGACUUCAAAGAAGCAGCCAACCAUUAG